AUGCCGCCCGAGAAGGCGACCGUCGCCGCCGAGGGCGGCGACGCGGGCGAGGAGCCGCCGGCGCCGAAGCGCCCGCGCGGGCGCCCGCCGAAGGCGGCGGCGGCGGCGGCGGACGGCGCGAGCGCGGAGACGAGAUCGGAGAAGAACGUCGCGGGCGGAUCCGAGGAGGCUGCGCCCGCGACGCGCGGGCGCGGCCGCCCGCCGAAGGCGGCGGCGGCGGCGGCGGCGGCGACGGACGCCGCGAAAGACGCGCCGGACGUCGCGGAAGACGCGCGGACGGGAAGACCGGCGCCGACGACGAUGUCGAUGUUCCCGGGGAAGCCGCUGCGGCGAGGCUUCCUCGACGCGGGAAAACCAACCAAGCCGAAGACGAAGAAGACGCCGCCCGCGAAGACGACGACCGACGCGGCGGCGGCGGUGACGACGACGACGACGAGGACGACGCGCGGUGGACGAGGCGAGGGAGGACGCGGCGCGGCGAGCGGAAGCGGACGCGGGAGAGGACGCCCCCCCGGGAGAGGACGAGGACGCGGGCGAGGACGCGGGCGACGACGGGGAGACGACGACGACGACGAUUCGGACGACGACGACGACGACGACGACGCCGACGCGAGGAAACCGAAGAAACCGCCGCGCGAGAGGCGGAACCGCGAACCUCUCCCGGAGGACCCCGACCGCGAGCGAUACAAGAUCGUCACGAUCGCGCGAGUCCCCGCGAAGACCGCGCGCGUGAUCGACCCGAGGCGACCGACGCCGGCGACGCUCCCCGUCAAGGUGUCGUCGCUCGCGGACGAGCCCGAAGCCGUGGCGGCGAGACUGAAAGCCGCGCUCGGUUCCGAAGCCGCGAGGGCGAUCAUAGAGCCGAAACCGAAGCCGAAGGAGACGCACCCGGUGGAGACCGUGGACGAGGUGAUCCAGCGCGCGAUGAAGGACGGCGGCGCGGAGCGAGUCCGGAAGCUCGCCGAACGCGUCGCGGAGUUGUUCCGGGAUGAGGAGACGGGUGAAUACUCGAUCAUAUCGGACGUCGUCGUCGUGCGAGAGGCGAAAGAGGGCGAGAAAGAGCUCGAGACGCCGAUCGUGUGGGAGGACGUCGGCGGGAAGAGGGUAUCGUACGUCAUGCCCGAGGGCGGGAUCCCGGGAACGGGCGGAGGCGGCGGCGGCGGCGGCGGGAGAGACGCGGAGAUGAGAGACGCGGACGAAGCGCCGGGGGCCGCGAAGACGACGGCGAAGACGACGGCGAAGACGACGGCGAUGGAGAGCGAGAUUCAAUCCGCGGACGAGAGCGAGGACGACGAGAUCGCGACCGCGCGGAAUCGGAAUAGGGGGACUCGGGGGCGGCCGAGGAAGACGGUGGACGCGCGCGGCGGCGCCGGCGCCGGCGGCGGCGCCGACAGCCGCAUCCUCGCGCUCGCGAACGCGCCGAAUAAGGAGAAGGACGCGCGCGGCGAGGACGCGGACGACGAAGAGGACCUGAGAAUCCCCAUCCCGUCCAGGUACCGGAAACAAAAGACGCAGAAGAUCCCGCUCCCGCUCGUGCUCCCGCACGACAUCGCGGAGGCUCUGGACCGCGCGGCGUUGCACGAGAAGAACCUCGAGCGCGAGAAGCGAGAAGAGAAGGAGCGCGCGGCGGCGGCAGAGAAAGCGGCCAAGGCGGCGAAGAAGGCGGCGGCGAAGCGCGCGAAGGAACGGGAGGCGAAGGCGCGCGCCGCCGCGCUGGGUACCCUCAGCGACGACGACGACGACGACGACGACGACGACGACGACGACGACGAGGCUGCGCGCGGCGACGACUCGCGCGCUGUGGCUCUCGUCCCCGAGGACGGCUCCUCCCAGUGGAAGACGCCGCCGAGGCCAAAGUAUAAAACCGCGGACGACGUCCACGAGGUCACGAUCGACGUGGACGACCAGCGGCGGUGGAAAGUCCCCACGAAGGAGGAAUACGAGCUCGGCGUGACGCGCGAGGGGAAGCCGGUGCAUAUCACCCCGAACUUGGACGUCGUCGUGUUUUGUU